CUGAUUCUCUCCGGCGAAAUGGAAAUCAAGUCUACGCCGCCUUUUCUGGCUCAAGUAUUCGACACGGACAAGGUGGCAUUAAUAACGGAGCUGAUACAGCGUCAAGAGUACCCAGUGCAUGCGCAUCUACUACCAGGCCACUUUGUUCGAGACGGCCUGAGCCAAAACACGCUACUACAACUGGUGGAUGCGGGGGAGGCAGGCCUUCCUGAGCAGCAGAACCAA